UACAGUUGAAGAUGAGGACUUUGUUCUUAUGAUGGAAACAAUGGAUAAGAAACUGACUGUUCCAAAAAAAACUAAAAUAAGUAAUCUGAUCGAAAAAUAUUAUGAAGCUGAAUCACAAAAAUUCAAAAGGAGAUUGGCUGCUGUGCGGAAGGUAUCAAUUGGAAUUGAUCUGUGGACAAAAAAAGGACUGACUGCUUCCUUCCUGGCUGUAAGUGCAUGCUUUUUUUGCACUGAACUACAGAAACCACAACACAUAUUGCUGGCCCUUGAACAAGUGGCCCAUCCACACACCGCACAAAUAAUCAAAGCAUGUGUGGACAAAUGUGUGCAAGAGUGGGGCAUAUCACAUGAGAAGAUCAUCACAGUGAUUACAGACAAUGGGAGUAAUAUGGUGGCAGCCUUUAAACACACCACACCAGAGGCAGAAGAAGCCACCUCUGAGGAUUCAGAAGAAGAAAACCCCACCAUGACUGAAAGUGAGUCUGAGACUGAAGAAGAUGAUCAGAGAUGCGAUGACCUGGAUAUACAACGGACGCCAUGUGUGGUACACACAUUACAACUGGUAGUCCACAUGAUCCAGAAGGAGACUGGUGUGAAAAAGGUCCUUGAUAAAGCAAGGUCAGUCGUGAAACUUUUUCGCAAGUCCUCGGUUGCGACACAGAGGAUAAUGGAAGAGUGUGGCCUUAUUGUUGUGAAUGACUGCCCCACACGCUGGUCGAGCACAUUCAACAUGGUUGCACGACUCCUCAGAGUGAAAGACGCAGUUUGCCAAGUCACCAACGACAUGGGAUGGGACAGCUUGCUCCCUAGUGAAUGGCAAAAGCUGAAAUCAUUGCAUGAACUACUGAUGCCUUUUGCAGAACAUACUCAGACCCUUCAGAGUGACACCAUGUCCAUGUCUCUAGUGGUCCCUGCCAUCUUUGAUCUGCUCAGCCACCUUACUGACUUUGAAGAGAACACAAACCACAGAGGCCUUGCUGCUCUUGCACAGAAAAUGGAAAGAAAUAUCAACCAGCGUUGUGCUUGGAUCCUGGACCCAACAGAUGAAAAGUUUUCACCACUUGUGGCAGCUGCCUGCUUUGUCAACCCUACUGUGUGUGAAACCCUACUUGAUGAUGAAAACAUUCCGGAACUGCUGAAACAGGCUGAAGAGUACGUGAUCCAGUCCACUCAGUCACACUCACAACAUGUUGAACUUGAGGACCAGCCUGAAGAUGAUGGAGAGGAGAUAGAGAAGGAACCAGAGGAGCUAGAACCAGCACCAUCCUCAUCAAAGCAGCCAGUCUUCAGGUUUUUGUCAAAGUCUCGCAUAAAGCCUAAACAGAAGAUCUCCUCCACAACCAGCAUUAAGCAGCAGAUCAGAAAGUAUAAGGAAGAGCUUUCACAACCAAUCACCUGUGCCACAGCAACAGGAUUCUGGCUGGAAAAAAGUGACACUUUUUAUCACAGUUUAAAACCUUUUGCGUUAGACUUAUUGGCUAUUCCAGCUUCUCAAGCUUUCGCUGAGAGGGUUUUCAGCAUCACAGGUGACCUCACCAGAGGCAAGCGCAACAGAGCAAGGGUCAUGCUGGCACGAAGUGCUUUCCUUAAAAUGAAUCGGGCCAAAUAA